AUGAAGCAAGACGAUGAUUGGAUGUUGGAGGUGGUGUGUGCGAAGCAUAAUAAUGAUCCUGCAUUAUAUAUGGAGGGACAUCCAUACCCAGGUUGGCUUUCUGAAUCUGAAAUUCAAAUUAUGGUUGACAUGUCUGUGCAAAAUGCCAAGUCACGAGACAUAUUGACAGAGUUGAAAAAGCGAGAUCCGAACAACGUGAGCACCAUCAGAACCAUUUAUAAUGCACACAAGAAGCACAAAACCUUUGAGAGAUCGGCUCAAUCACAAAUGCAAGUUGUGUUCUCAUUCCUCAAAGACCAAGAAUACUUUUUCGAUUAUCGAGCAAACCAUGCAACCAAUGAGCUCGAAGAUUUGUUCUUCGCACAUCCUGGCUCGCUAGAUCUAUUGCGUGCUUUCCCACACGUGUUGUUGAUGGAUGCGACAUAUCAGACCAACAGAUAUGGGCUGCCUCUCCUUGAAAUUGUUGGUGUACCUCAACUAGUCAGGCUUUUUGCAUCGCGUUCGCAUAUUUACACUCAAAAAGAGAGCCCAGUUAUACUUGGGCUUUGA